CUGCACGUGCGUGGAGUAAUAAAAACGUGCAGCAAAUUGCGAUGCUCCAUUCGAGCCAUCUCAGUAGGAGUACAUAUAUUGACGAUUAGGCUAAGGAGGUAUUUAAGAGGUCCGUGACAUGACAUGGUUGCGCUCCUAGCAAGCACCAAGCAGGUGUGUGCGUCAUUUUCACGUGUAAAAAUAGCACGCCCAGCGGACACCAUGGCUACUCACUUCUCGCUGACAAUCGGGUCCACUUUUGAAGGAGGCGGGCUACGAACCCUCCUGAAUUGUAGGUCGGUGCUGUGGCCCCGUGGCGAAGGGAUGUUGUUUCCCUUCCUGUAUUUGUCCUCGCCUCGCCAACCGGACAGGAGGCGGGACAGGCGCCCAGCCUCUGUCACGGGCGUUUUCGCCGCAUAAUCCCACGGGUUCCGCGUUUCAACCCAUUUCCUUCGCCUUUCCCCUUCGCCCUCCAUUCUCCGCCCACCGUUUCCUCGGGUCUGCCACGCUACGCCACGCCCAUGAACCUGUGGACGGACGACAACGCCUCCAUGAUGGAGGCCUUCAUGGCCUCCGCCGACCUCCCCGCCUACCCCUGGGGGGCGCCGGCCGGGGGCGGCAACCCGCCGCCGCCGCAGAUGCCGCCGGCGAUGGCGAUGGCGCCGGGGUUCAACCAGGACACGCUGCAGCAGCGGCUGCAGGCCAUGAUCGAGGGGUCCAGGGAGACCUGGACCUACGCCAUCUUCUGGCAGUCCUCCCUGGACGCCGCCACCGGCGCGUCGCUGCUAGGCUGGGGCGACGGCUACUACAAGGGCUGCGACGACGACAAGCGCAGGCACCGCCCGCCGCUCACGCCCGCCGCGCAGGCCGAGCAGGAGCACCGCAAGCGCGUGCUCCGCGAGCUCAACUCCCUCAUCUCCGGCGGCGCCUCCGCCGCGCCCGCGCCCGCGCCCGACGAGGCCGUCGAGGAGGAGGUCACCGACACCGAGUGGUUCUUCCUCGUCUCCAUGACGCAGUCCUUCCUCAACGGCUCGGGCCUCCCCGGCCAGGCGCUCUUCGCGGGCCACCACACCUGGAUCGCCGCCGGCCUCUCCUCCGCGCCGUGCGACCGCGCGCGCCAGGCCUACAACUUCGGCCUCCGCACCAUGGUCUGCUUCCCCGUCGGCACGGGCGUGCUCGAGCUCGGCUCCACCGACGUCGUGUUCCAGACCGCCGAGACCAUGGCCAAGAUCCGCUCGCUCUUCGGGGGCGGGCCGGGGGGUGGCUCGUGGCCGCCCGUGCAGCCCCAGGCGGCGCCGCAGCAGCAGCACGCCGCCGAAGCCGACCAGGCGGCGGAGACGGACCCAUCCGUGCUGUGGCUCGCCGACGCGCCGGUCGUGGACAUCAAGGAUUCCUACUCGCACCCGUCGGCGGCCGAGAUCUCCGUCUCCAAACCGCCUCCGCCUCCGCCUCCGCCGCAGAUUCACUUCGAGAACGGGAGCACGAGCACGCUCACGGAGAACCCCAGCCCCUCCGUGCACGCGCCGCCAGCCCCGCCGGCGCCACCGCAGCGGCAGCAGCAGAAUCAGGGCCCGUUCCGCCGGGAGCUCAACUUCUCGGAUUUCGCGUCCAAUCCUUCCUUGGCGGCGGCCCCGCCGUUCUUCAAGCCCGAGUCCGGCGAGAUCCUCAGCUUCGGCGUCGACAGCAACGCCCAGAGGAACCCGUCGCCGGCGCCUCCCGCCAGCCUCACCACCGCUCCCGGCAGCCUAUUCUCGCAGUCGCAGCACACGGCGACCGCCGCGGCGAACGACGCGAAGAACAACAACAACAACAACAAGCGUUCGAUGGAAGCCACCUCCCUGGCGAGCAACACCAACCACCACCCGGCGGCGGCGGCGAACGAGGGCAUGCUGUCCUUCUCGUCGGCGCCGACCGCGCGGCCGUCGGCAGGCACGGGCGCGCCGGCCAAGUCGGAGUCCGACCACUCGGACCUGGACGCGUCCGUGCGCGAGGUGGAGAGCAGCCGCGUCGUGGCGCCGCCGCCGGAGGCGGAGAAGCGGCCGCGGAAGCGCGGGCGGAAGCCCGCGAACGGGCGCGAGGAGCCGCUGAACCACGUGGAGGCGGAGCGGCAGCGGCGGGAGAAGCUGAACCAGCGCUUCUACGCGCUGCGCGCCGUGGUGCCCAACGUGUCCAAGAUGGACAAGGCGUCGCUGCUCGGCGACGCCAUCUCCUACAUCAACGAGCUCCGCGGCAAGCUGACGUCGCUGGAGUCGGACAGGGAGACGCUGCAGGCCCAGGUCGAGGCGCUCAAGAAGGAGCGCGACGCGCGGCCGCACCCGCACCCCGCUGCCGGGCUCGGCGGGCACGACGCCGGCGGGCCGCGCUGCCACGCGGUAGAGAUCGACGCCAAGAUCCUGGGGCUGGAGGCCAUGAUCCGCGUGCAGUGCCACAAGCGCAACCACCCGUCGGCGCGGCUGAUGACGGCGCUCCGCGAGCUCGACCUGGACGUGUACCACGCCAGCGUCUCCGUCGUCAAGGACCUCAUGAUCCAGCAGGUCGCCGUCAAGAUGGCCAGCCGCAUGUACUCGCAGGACCAGCUCAGCGCCGCGCUCUACAGCCGCCUUGCGGAGCCCGGGUCUGUCAUGGGCAGGUAAUCAGGCAGGAGAGCUCAUCAGCUCGCCUGUGCCUGCCGGAUAGGGACGAUACCGAUACACUGCUACCCACCACGGGGACUGUCAUCGCGGUCACCAUGGUUACAAAACACACACACGCACGAUAGGCCUUAGAGAUUCAGGAGGUGGAGGACGGCGGCGACGAUGAUGAUGCUGGUGUUGUUGAAAACUCUAGAAGGAUGGAUGGAUGAUGACACCUAGCUUCCGGCUGCUGUUCAUCAUCCUCUUGUGUUUUUGCUAGUAGCCUGGUAAUUAGCAGGAUUAAGCAGCCGUCAAGCGUCACCCCCGUUGUUGUUAAUUAAGUACCUGUUGUUGUGAGCUGUGACGACGAUGGAUCGACCGAUGUUUUAGCGUUGGUUGAAUCCAAAGCUGUAUAUAGGAUGUAUGUAUUAUUACAGCAGGAAUUCGCUUGCAACUGAAGAGUCCGUUUUUUUUAUUCAAGUACAGCACGUGGUCUUUGUUU